AUGGGACAGAAGAAAUCAUUCCCCCCACACAUCACAGUCCCUUCAAUGAGCAUUGAGGUGGGCAGUCUUGACCAAAACUGUAAGCAGAUGAAAGUCAAUUUUGAUAUGCUCGAAGAAGAACAAGAAAAUGUCAUUAUUCGAGUUGCAGCCUACCAGCAGCAGUUGACGUCCUACUACAAUAGGAAGGCCAAGAUCAGACAGUUUCGGCUUGGAGACCUUGUGCUUAGAAAAACUUUCAUCACAGCACCGAGGCAAGGGUUAAAGAAGAUGAAGCCAAACUGGGAAGGCCCCUACGUGAUUAGCCGAUCUGGGGGCAGAGGAAGUUACACCCUCGACACUCUAGAAGGGAAAGAAAUUCGGAGACAAUGGAAUGCCCACAACCUUCGGAGAUACUAUCCUUGA